AAACCAUUCACUAAUUGCUUAUAAAUUUGGUUUGUUGACACCAGUUGCUACAUUUCAUUUCACGAAAUUUAAAGAAAGAGUAGUAAAAAUGUCUGGAGAUGGACAAAUCAGAGUAGAAGAAGGGCAAAAUGAAUAUUUGCCUCCGAAGAAUGAACCAAAAAGCGGUUUUUGCCAUUCGAAUGAAACAGUUCAGCUUCUCCAAAAGUUGAUAGCAGAGGCAAUAGGGACAUAUAUGGUGAUAUUUGCGGGAUGUGGAUCAGUAGUGGUGAAUAAGAUUUACGGUUCGGUUACAUUUCCAGGCAUUUGUGUAGUUUGGGGUCUCAUUGUUAUGGUUAUGAUUUACUCCGUUGGUCAUAUCUCCGGUGCACAUUUCAAUCCGGCGGUCACCAUCACUUUUGCCAUUUUUCGACAAUUUCCUUACAAGCAGGUACCUCUAUACAUAAUUACACAAGUGAUCGGAUCACUUCUAGCAAGUGGAACUCUGUACUACGUUUUCGAUGUGCCAAAAGAGGCAUUCUUUGGGACAGCUCCAACAGGAUCCGUUCUUCGUACUUUUGUCCUUGAAAUUAUUAUUUCUUUUAUGUUAAUGUUUGUCAUUUCUGGGGUGGCUACUGAUACUCGAGCUGUUGGAGAAUUAGCAGGAAUUGCCGUUGGAAUGACGAUCAUGUUAAACGUCUUCGUUGCCGGGCCUGUAUCCGGGGCGUCCAUGAAUCCUGCCAGAAGCUUGGGACCUGCGAUUGUGAUGCAUUCAUAUAAAGGACUUUGGGCGUAUAUAGUCGGUCCGAUCAUCGGAAUGGUCAUCGGAGGAUUUGCUUAUAAUUUGAUUAGGUUUACCGAUAAACCCUUGAAAGAAAUAACCAAAAGUAGUUCAUUCCUCGGGAGCUUUAAAGGUUCAUAAAAUUUUCCAUGUCCAACAAAGUUCAGAAUCUUUUGUUGUUCUCAUGACUUGAGUGGUUAAAUUUUGUUUUAAACGCUAAACCACGUUUUACUUCUAGUAGCUUUAAAUUUUUGAAA